UUGGUUUGGGUCCGAGUUGACCUGAUCCCCGCGUACGCACGUACCGUGAAAAGGCCAUCGAUAUUAAAUUCUAUAUCAAAAAGGUCUACGUGCACAAUUUUCAGUUGGCCUGGUGUGCCUGCAUGUAAUUUAGUAAUUAGCUGAGCAGCUGGGUUUCUGUACCGGUGGAGGAGAACGUCUGGAUGUCUGGGUAGCUUGUUUGUCAGCUCUUGUCUCAGGUACUGAAACGUCACUCAAUUCGUGGCAUAGCCCAGGCUCAGGCCCCAAAAUGGACUUAGUCUCAGACGGAACCUACUACGGCAAGCAUCGGGUGCGCAUCCUUCAGCACUUCCGCCAUGGCAACACGCACAACAUCAAGGAGGUUGCCGUCAACACUCACCUCUCCUUGGCUAGGCAGAGGGACUACCUACAUGGCGACAACUCAGACGUAAUUGCCACAGACAGUCAAAAGAACACUGUUUACGCACUGGCCAAAACAAAAGGGAUAAGGACCCCGGAACAGUUUGCCAUGGACCUUAGCCGUCAUUUCCUGACGACCUACGAGCAGGUUGUCCGGACGGAGAUUUCGGUGGAGGAAGCCCCAUGGCAUCGGAUGGACCACUCUGGCAAGGAGCACGUGCAUGCCUUCAUUCAUCGACAGGAAGCCAAACGAUUCUGCAUUGUGCAGCAGGAGAAAAACGGGCUCCCCAAAGUGUCAUCAGGUUUGAGCGACAUGAAAGUGCUCAAGACAACCAAGUCGGGAUUUGUCGGCUUCGUGCGGGACAGAUUCACCAGCCUGCCGGAGACCACCGACCGCAUCCUUUGCACAUCCGUCCGUGGGAAGUGGUCGUACUCCAGCGUUGCCGGGAUAGACUUUGACAAAACUUGGGAGAUUUGCAAGAAUACCAUUCUGGACAUCUUUGCCGGGCCACCAGAGACGGGUAUGUACUCCCCCUCUGUGCAGCAGACGUUGUACCAGGCUGCCCAACAAAUCAUGGCCAAAGUACCUCAGGUGGAUAAGGUGGAGUUAGAGAUGCCCAACAUUCACUACCUCUUUGCCGACCUCAAGAAAAUUGGAAUGGAAAACAGUGGAGAUAUCCUGGUGCCCACUGAUGAGCCACGCGGGUACAUCCGUGCUGCUGUCUGCCGUACCACAGCUCGUCUCUGAGGAGACCAAGUGUGACCCAAGAACCAAACGUCAGAAACAGCCUAAAGAAAGGCCUGUUUGUCCUUUCUGUUUAAUUUUCAGGUUAACGACCUCAGUAACUUUGUUAGGCCCUUUGGUCAUGUUUUCCAUCCGUGUUCAGUUCGCCAACAUUGUAUGGUAGGAGUCCUCAGUAGAAUCUGUCAUGUUGGUAUUCAAUUUACAUGAAUUCUUAACCUGUUUUGGGGGGGAAUGCCUGAUUGACUUGAAAUUUUAUACAGCAGUAGUAGGGAUAAGUCAGUGAUGUCUUGUUUAUUCUUUCGAUUACAUACAAAGUACUUAGAGAAGUAUAUUUUCAGGUUGUCCAGCAAAACAGUACCUCAAAUAAAAUACAUGUACGGACAUGGAUUCUCUUAUAAAUGAGAUACAUAUACAGUGUUGACAUGGAUCUUCAUUGUUUACAUUUGUAUGUAUUCUCAUACAUUGUGUCCAUCAUGCUUUUAUUUUCAUUCCUUGUUUAUUUAGUUUAACCUUUUUCAUCUAUUCUUUGCUCUGACAUCAGUGAUCUAUGACAUUCAUGAUGAGAAAGAAAACACCCUUUUACUGAAAAAGAGGUGUUUCAACAAGUUUGCAUGGCACAUCCAUAUAUACACAAGCGUAGGGAAAACGUCAGUUCGAGAAUGACCCUUGACCCUUUAUUGCCAUGUAACACAGAAAGCUUCUUUGAGUUUUAUCAAAAGCUGCACAAGAUCUCAUAGAAACAAGUCAUGAAAGGACAAUUUGAUAAUUGCAGCUGUUUGGGAAUAGCGAGCCAAAUUUCCACGGGGGUGUCAAAUUCCCUCUUCCUCCAGUCCGUGCAGGGUUAAAGGAAGUAUGUUAUGUGCAUGUAAUGGAGAAAGUGAGGAGCAGUCAUAUGUUUACUGAACUCAGGGUAUAGCGGUCAGUUUAUCUGCCAUUCCUCACCAGUGAUCUCUAUCCCCGAUGACAAUACUGUAAAUUGUCGUAGGUCAACAUCGUAGUGCAGUGGUCAGACCCCCUCCAGUCAAGCCCAGCCCCUUGUGAGUAUAGCCUUAUAUCCUUCAACACUGGGUGGUUGUGCAGACGUGAUGUACUUUGAGUUGUCUGUCCCCUUCUGGCUCUACAUUUCAUGUAGUGGUGAUUUCCUAGGGAUUCCAGUUCAUGUUUACCCAAGUAUACAUUUCCCGAGUGUCCUGAAAUAUACAGAAAUUUAGUUGCGGUCACAAAAUGCACGAUUAUCAGGGGACCUACUUUGAGCCAGAUCCUCUGGUUCCAGGGAAAUAUUCCAGACUCUUUAUCAAGCACAUUUUUGGCAACCCACGGCGUAGGACCACUGGUCCACCCCUUAGGGUGGGAACACAUUUUGUUUCCUGAGAAUGAGUAGGCUAGUCGAGAACCAAGGUUAAGAAUUUGACUAAAAAAUGCCUCCUGUUUGGUUAUCUACGUUCAGUCGUGACGAAUUUUAGAUUUCAGAGCACACAAAUGCAGGCAGGAUUCAAUUUUCAUUUCUUCACCUUUUUAUUGCACUUCAAGACUAUACAUUUCAAUUUAGAGAGUACACAUUCCCGAAUCGAGAAUUCCUUAGCUAUACGAGUUCUUAUUUACAACGAAACCAAUUGUGCCAGGUAUAAUAAAUGCCACCGAUAUUAAACAUGA